AGUAACAAUAAAAUAACACCUUUCGUUACAAUGACCACUUAGCUAACGCUCCUUUUCUUCAACAGUUGGUGAUGGUGGUUACGGAGAAGAUGAUUAAAAUCGUGAAUGUGAUUGGGAAAGAACAAGCGCAAAGCAAAGCGUAUUCAUAUGAACGUGAUUGUGAAGUGUGAAUUGUGAAGAGGAAGUUUCUAGAAAGAAAGAGAAGAGAAUGUUUAAGCUUCAUAAGCAUAGGAAUGGGAAAUUAGGUGAUAGAAUUGAGUUCAGAAUUUCGAAUCUAAAGGCGCUUCAGGUACCAAAGGGGUGGGACAAGUUGUUUGUUUCUGUUGUAUCUGUGGAAAAUGGUAAAACACUUGCAAAGACUAGCAAAGUGGCGGUACGUAAUGGAAGUUGUCAGUGGUCUGAUACUUUAUCAGAAUCUAUAUGGGUUUCUAGAGAUAAAUCGUCCAAGGAGACUGAUGAUUGUCUCUUCAAACUUAUUGUUGCAAUGGGAUCAUUAAGAUCUGGCAUCCUGGGAGAGGCCACAAUUAGUAUGACCAGCUAUGUGAACUCAGAUGCUGCAGUUCCACUUUCAAUCCCUCUAAAUAAGUGCAACCAUGGGACAGUUUUGAAUGUAACAAUGCAGUGCCUUACACCAAGAACAAAACCCAGGGGUCAAGAAUCAAGCAAAGAAAAUUCUCAUUUGAAGGCUAUGAAUGAAAAUAAUCAUGAAGUGGCUGUCAAGUCAAAUGGAUCUGAUUCUUCAUAUGUACAGAGUGCUUCAUCUUCCUCUGUUGAUGACGUGGACUCUACCUUAUCGCCAGGAGAAGUUGAGACGAUGGCAACAAGUCUUUCUGGUUCUGUAUCGAAUUACAGCUAUAACUCAGCUGAGGAUUCCACAGGAAGGGGAAAUUUCUCCCCAUGCAUCAGUGACGGGCAGAGUCCAACGGGAAGAAAAGACUCAACCAGUUCCCAGAAAAGUGUAUCCCAUUACGAUUACCCUGUUAAUAACACUUCUCAGUCGAAUCGUUCAUCAUUUAGUUCCCAAAAUACACAAGACAUUGGUGCAUCAUCUUUUAAGACGACCCAUGGUUCUAAUAAUAGUCCUGAAGUUGCAGAAGACACGAGUGAAGAGCUACGGGCAGAAGCAAAGAUGUGGGAAAUGAAUGCCAGAAAGCUAUUAGGGGACUUGGAAAUGUUGAAAACAGAAUUCUCAUAUCAAUCUAAAAAGAUGACAGGCCUGGAAACGGACCUUUCAACAGCAUAUGUAGAACGGGAUAGUUUGAAAAAAGAAGUUGAGCAGUUGACAUUGUCAUCAGGAGAUCCAAUAGUGAGACAAAAAACUUUGGAAGAUUCAAUAUCUCAAAUUGAAUGCAUUCCAGAAAUUGAAAAUUCUCUAAAAGAUGAAUUAAAGUUUCAGAAAGAAUCCAAUGCCAACUUGUCUUUGCAACUAAAGAAGAGCCAAGAUGCAAAUGUGGAGCUUGUUUCUGUUCUCCAGGAGCUGGAAGAAACCAUAGAACAGCAGAAACAUGAUAUAGAAAACCUUUCAUCAUUACCAUCAAAACUCAGCAAUCUGGAAAAAUCUCUCCAGCUAAGUGAAGAAGGAAAUAGGGUCUUUAUGCAACAAAUACAACAGCUGGAGGAAUCAAAGAAAAAUUUGAUGGCUGAGGUGCAAGAACUGGAAGAAGCAUUGGAGGAUAAAAUUCAAGACAUUGAACAAACAAAGAUUCAAAACAACAAAGCACUUUCAGAUAUUGAAAUGGAAUAUGAAAGCAAGUUAUCUGCUAAAGAGAAGGAAAUUUCAAGUUUGAAAGCAAGGCUGUUAGAAUCUGUCCCAGAAACCUGUAAUGCGGAGACUGUGUCAAGAGAUGUACCUGAUGCAGAUAUUUUGAAACAAAUCGAAGAACUGAAAGAGAAAAUUCAAGAACUUGAGAUGGACUGUAAUGAGCUGACAAAUGAAAACCUUGAUCUUUUAUUCAAGCUAAAAGAAGCAAAGGCGUAUUCAAAAGAUGAAGGUGCAUCCAAAAACCUUUUGUCAAACAUGCUCCAUGAUCAAUCUUUUUCUAGCUCUGAUUCUGAAGUAAGCAACAAGGUAUUUCGAAUAUUCCAUUCAGAAGAUAUGCUCCAGGAGGAAAACGGCAAGAAGAUUAGAAAUGAUAGUCAUAUUUCAACUCGAGAGCUUGAGACUUCCAAAUCAACACUAGAAGUCAGAAUCACAGAUCAGAAUAACAAACUGACUAGUAAAACAUCUGAGAUGGAAAACCUUGAGGCUAGCUUAUCAAGUAAAGAAAAUGAGAUGUGGGUUCUUCAGAAGCUCCUGAGUGAGUUGGAUGCCAAGGUGUAUCAUCUUGAACAAGAGAAACUUCAAUUAGAGGAACACAUUGAGGACAGGAUAAAAGAAAGAACACAUAAAAUGAAUCUCCACACAUCAGAUAUAGAACAAGAAAAUGGACAACUAUCAAUGCGGAUUUCUGUUUUAGAAGAACAAGUGAGUGACUUGACAAACGAACAAGAGUCCCUAUUAUCAGAACUAGAGAGCACUAGAAAUCAAGCUGCAUGGCUACAAGAGAAGAUUAUGGAGAAGCAGUCUGAGAUGGAUUCUUCCAUGGAAGAAAAUAAGCAGUUACUAAUUACCAUUGAAAAUGUUGAAGAAGAAUGCAAUUCAUUUGAGAAGAUAAAUGGAUACUUGAGGGAGCAAAAGUUGGAGUUAGAGGAGUAUUGCUCCCUUAUGGGAGAUAGGUUGAGGGAAUCAGGUGAAAGAUUUUCUAAUUGCUGUGGUAGAGUGGGACUCCUAGAAAAUAAAUUUUGUUUAAUGUUGGAAGAUAUUGCAUCAAAAGAGAAGGAUUUAACUUCAGAGCUGCAUGCUAUUUUGGAUGAAAAUAGGAAACAAAUGGAGCAGGGUCAAAGCUUAUUGAAUCAGAUGCAGAUUGAGAAGAUGGUGGAAAUUCAGAACCUUAAACUAGAAAUAGAAAAUCUCAGAUUGAAACUUUCAGCAGCCUAUGAUGAAAAAGAAAGAGUAGCUUCCAAUGCUUCGCUUGAAGUAUCCACACUGCGUGCUGAUAAAGCCAAGCUGGAAUCUGCUUUUGGAGAAGCUCAAUCUAAAUUGAUUUUAUCUAAGACUGAGGUUAAUAAUGUGCAGUCUCAAUACGGACAAAAGUUGAAAGACCUAACAACUGAGCUUGCCAAUUUCAAAAUUAAAAUGGAAAUGCAGGUGGAUGAACAUGAAAAGUUGUCAAAACUAGUGGAAGACUACAAAUCAAAAGAACUGAAGUUCAAAAGCACUAUAAAUGCCCUUGAAUCAAAACUUCUAGUCACUGAAAAUGAAAGACAGCAAUACAUGGAUGAAUCCAGAAAUUUGAAUGUUCGGUUGCAGCAAACAUGUCAAUUUGAGUUGGAGCACUGCAAGAGAACUAGAACAUCCCUUGAAGAAAGGCUUGUGCAGUUGGAGAAUGACUUGAAUGCAAGAGAAACAAAAUGUGUCCAAGAAAAAACUGAGUUACAGAGAAAAGUUCAGGCCCUUGAAGAAGAAUUAAAACUGACUAAGGAACAAAAGCGAAAUCAAGUUUCAAGGUUAAACAGGAAACCUGUUAACGAUGAUCAGAAGGUCUCAAAAAAUUCUAUGGUUAAGAAUACCAAUCAACUUCGCAGUAAUAGGAAAAAGCCGUCUUUAAAGAAUGACAGAGAAGUACUGAAAGAUCAACAGGACCUUCAUUACAGCAGCAAACAUCAGACUGAGGUGGAAAGUGAGCAUGGACUUCUUGAUGUAAGUGUUGAUGUGGUUGAAGUAGAACCAGUAUCAAAGACUCAAUUGCUUGAGACUGAACUAGAAAAAGAACCCAAUGACAUAUAUGAAGUUCAACUCAACAGGUCAUCACCUCAAGGCCGAAACAACCAAGCAAGUGGCCCAGUAAAAUCAAUGGCGGAAGAAGAACUAGUGACUAGAGAGAAGUUUGAACGUACAAAAUCAAUGCUAGAGGAAGAGUUGAGAGAUAUUCAGGAACGAUACUUCCACAUGAGCCUCAAAUAUGCAGAGGUAGAAUCUCAGCGUGAAGAACUUGUAAUGAAGCUCAAAGCGGCUAAGAGCAAAAAAGGAUGGCUCUCAUAGAAUCAUGACCAAUCUAGUUAUCAUUUUUGAUGCUGACAAAUUCAGAUUCCCUGUAAUACGAAUUUGAAGUGUCGCGGAGUUUUCAGUAAUAGGAUGUAUAGCCUUUGAAAGGAAUCAUUGGAUUAGGGAGUAAUAAUGAAACUAUAAGGUUCAUUGUAAAUAUCAGAAAUUUUGAAGUUAGAAUUUAACAUAGAAAGUGAUAUUAUGAUUAU